AUGCGGGCAGCUUGGGCUCCGGGGCUGUGGCUGAUUAGCCUCUGGGUCACCUGUGGCAGCCACGGAGCAGAGAGCGGUGAACAAUGCCCAACCCUGCAACAAGAGGGCCUGAGGCUAGAGGCCAGUGAAGAAUCAUCCACCAACAUGACAGGUUUCAAUCUCAUUAAGAGGUUUGCUCUCAUGAAGACCUCCGCCAUAAAGAGGAUCCGGAAUCCCAAAGGGCCCUUCAUUCUGAGGCUGGGGAACGCCCAGCUUGCUCUCCCCACAGCCCAGGUGUUCCCUGGGGGUCUUCCUGACCAGUUUGCAAUAGUGCUGACCCUUCUGCUGAAGAAGCAGACAAGCAAGGACACCUGGUAUUUAUUGCAAGUGACUGACAAGGAUGGGUACCCACAGAUCUCCUUGGACGUGAACGGUCAUGACAAGAACCUAGAGUUCCGGGCCCGUGGCUUGGACGGUGACUUUGUGUCCUGCAUCUUCCCUGUGGCCCGGCUCUUCGACCUGCGCUGGCACAAGUUGGUGCUCAGCGUGGCUGGGCGUGUGGUCUCAGUCCAUGUGGACUGCACGUCCGUCUCCUCCCAACCUGUGGGUCCCCGGCAUGCCGUGCUUCCCGAGGGCCAUGUCCUCCUGGGCAUGGAUGCUGAGCGGGGCAAGCCUGUCUUGUUUGAUUUGCAGCAAGCUCACAUCUACUGUGACCCUGCCCUGGUGAUGGAGGAAGGGUGCUGCGAGGUAUCACCAGCUGGGUGCCCUCAAGAGGCCUCCAAGGCCCGACGGGACACCCAGAACAAUGAGCUCAUCGAGAUCAGCCCACAGGCUGAGGGCAAGGUCUACACUCGAUGCUUCUGCCUGGAGGAGCCACAGGGCAGCAAGGUGAAUGCUCAGCUGUCUGGAAGUUCUGGAGAAAAAAGAGAGAAAGGAAGCAAGGUAAGAGCUGAGUCAGCAGCUGACAUUUGCCCACCCUGUGCCAGCCGUGCCGUGGAGAACAAUGUCACGCUGGGUCCCCCUGGUCUCAAGGGUGGAAAAGGUGAGCGGGGUCUCCCCGGCCCCGAAGGACUCAAGGGAGAGAAAGGAGCUCGGGGUUCUGACUGUGUCCGUACCUCCCCGGAGGCCCCUCUCCAGUGUGCCGAAGGUCCCAAGGGCGAAAAGGGAGACCGAGGAGACUCGGGUCCCCCAGGAAUUACUGGAUCAACUGGGCAGAAGGGCCAGAAAGGAGAGAGAGGAGAUGCAGGCUUCAAGGGUUCAGUGGGGAAGCCUGGCAGAGAUGGCCGACCUGGGGAGAUCUGUGUCAUUGGGCCCAAAGGGCAGAAGGGUGACCCCGGCUUUGUGGGACCAGAAGGACUGACUGGAGAGCCAGGGCCCCCAGGACUCCCAGGACCCCCCGGGAUUGGACUACCAGGAAAACCUGGGGAUCCUGGCGGCCCAGCUGGUCCCAAGGGAGACAAGGGAAGCUCUGGGACUCCAGGAAAGGAAGGUCCAGGGGGGAAGCCUGGGAAACCAGGGACCCCAGGGCUGAAAGGAGAGAAGGGUGACCCCUGUGAGGUGUGUCCCACCCUGCCUGAGGGGCUCCAGAACUUCGUGGGACUGCCAGGAAAACCGGGCCCCAAGGGGGAGCCAGGAGAACCUGGCCUGCCCAAGGGAGAACCUGGCAUCAGCGGAAUGAAAGGUGAAAAGGGGGAGCCUUGUCUGUCUUGCAGCCCAGCUCAGAACAUCCUGGGGAUCAAGGAAGGUUUUGGACUGCCUGGAUCCCCAGGGAGAGCUGGGGAACCAGGCCCAACCGGAAUUAAGGGAGAGAAGGGUAAUUUUGGUGAGAUGGGGCCAGCUGGCCAACCGGGGAUUCCUGGAGCCAUAGGACCAGCUGGCAUUAAAGGGGAGAAGGGGGAGCCGUGUGAGCAGUGCCCUUCCACGUCAGAGGCUCCUCACGGAGCCCUCCCUGGACCCCCGGGCGAGCGAGGGGAACCAGGGCAGCCCGGCAUGGGCCAGCCUGGGAAGCCGGGUAAAGCAGGGGAACCUGGGCUCAAAGGGCAGAAGGGUGAUGCAGGGAACCCAGGAGACCCCGGGAAGCCAGGCACCGAGGGACAGCCAGGGCUGUCAGGACAACCCGGGAUCCGGGGGCGUCCAGGGCCCAAAGGAGAAAAAGGAGAUGCCUGUGAUGCCUGCCCCACGCUGCAGGGAGAGUUCGCAGAUGUUGUAGGAAUUCCUGGGAAGCCCGGUGCCAAGGGAGACCAGGGCCCCGAGGGCGUGGGCCGGCCUGGCAAACCGGGACAGCCUGGCCUUCCUGGAGUGCAAGGGCCCCCUGGGCUGAAAGGAUUGCAGGGUGAUCCAGGGCCUCCAGGGAUGUCAGUCCAAGGGCCUCAGGGAGAGACUGGCGACCAGGGUCUGCCUGGCACAACGGGACCUCCAGGACCUCGGGGACCACCUGGCUUUGCUGGUGAGAAGGGUGCCAAGGGCUCUGCUGGAGCAAAAGGCACCGAAGGACCCCCAGGACCACCGGGCCUCAGUGUCACUGGCCCCCCGGGCCGGGAUGGGCCUCGAGGGCAGCCAGGGCUGCCAGGAGCUGGCGGGAUGCCUGGGGAAAAGGGAGCCCGCGGGGAAAAGGGUGAUCCAGGGGAGUGCUCCUGCCCCCCCGGUUCCCGAGGAGAACCUAUCUUCUCUGGCAUGCCGGGUGCUCCAGGACUUUGGAUCGGCAGCUCUUGGCAGCCGGGCCCUCAGGGCCCCCCGGGAGUCCCCGGACCUCCAGGACCUCCUGGAAUGCCUGGACGGCAGAACAUCUGUGGGGACUGCGCACAGGCACAGACAGGCCUUCCAAGCUCUAGCCUGUUGAAAGGAGAGAAAGGCGACCAGGGCACCCCUGGUGUUCCAGGCAUUGACAACUGCGCCCGGUGCUUCCUAGAAAGGGACCGUCCCCGAGCAGAGGAGGCCAGAGGAGAUGGUGAAGGGGAUCCAGGAUGUGCUGGGAGCCCAGGCCAGCCUGGCCCUCCAGGACUGCCGGGACAAAGAGGGGAAGAGGGUCCACCUGGAAUGAGAGGCUCCCCAGGGCUCCCCGGACCCAUUGGCCCCCCAGGUUUUCCUGGCGCUGUUGGUUCCCCCGGAUUACCUGGUCUCCAGGGAGAACGCGGUCUCACGGGGCUGACGGGAGACAAGGGGGAGCCGGGCCCACCGGGACAACCAGGCUACCCAGGUGCCAUGGGACCUCCAGGACUGCCUGGCAUCAAGGGAGAGCGUGGCUACACGGGUCCUGCCGGGGAGAAGGGAGAGUCGGGUCCUCCAGGAGCUGAAGGUCUCCCAGGCCCCAUAGGCCCUGCAGGUCCCCGAGGAGAAAGAGGAGCCCAAGGUGGUGCUGGUGAGAAGGGAGACCAGGGAUUUCAGGGGCAGCCAGGUUUUCCAGGCCCACCGGGGCCCCCAGGAUUCCCAGGCAAAGCAGGACCAGCUGGCCCACCUGGCCCCCAAGCUGAGAAGGGAAGUGAAGGAAUUCGAGGACCAUCAGGCAUGCCGGGACCUCCAGGACCUCCCGGACCCCCUGGCAUCCAGGGUCCUGCUGGCCUAGAGGGGCUAGACGGAAAGGAUGGGAAGCCUGGUUUGAGGGGGGACCCUGGCCCUCCGGGACCCCCAGGACUCAUGGGGCUUCCGGGAUUCAAGGGGAAAACAGGACAUCCGGGCCUCCCUGGGCCCAAGGGUGACUGUGGUAAACCAGGUCCUCCUGGCAGCAACGGCCGGCCAGGAUCCGAGGGUGAUCCUGGCCCCAUGGGGCCACAGGGAAGACCCGGACCCCCCGGUCAUGCGGGUCCCCCUGGUUCUCCUGGUCAGCCUGGGCCUUCUGGGAUCAGUGGAAUUGGACUCAAAGGAGAUCGGGGAGCCCCAGGAGACAGAGGUCUUGUAGGUCUUCCAGGUGAACCUGGCUCCCCUGGGCACCCUGGACCCCCAGGUGAACCUGGAUCAGAUGGAGCGACUGGCAAAGAGGGACCUCCUGGAAAACCAGGACCUUAUGGCCCUGUUGGCCCAAAGGGUGACCCUGGGUCUGCAGGGCAGAAAGGCCAGCCUGGAGAGAAGGGGAGAGCUGGCAUGCCAGGAGGACCCGGCAAGAGUGGUUCCAUGGGCCCUAUUGGGCCACCAGGGCCUUCUGGUGAGAGAGGGCACCCGGGUUCUCCAGGACCCGCUGGGACCCCAGGGCUGCCUGGACUGCCUGGAACGAUGGCAGAUGUGGUGAAUUAUGAUGAAAUCAAGAGGUUCAUCAGACAGGAGAUCAUCAAAAUGUUUGAUGAGCGUAUGGCUUACUACACGUCCAGGAUGCAGUUCCCCGUGGAGAUGGCUGCAGCUCCUGGCCGGCCAGGGCCCCCAGGAAAGGAUGGGCCCCCAGGCCGACCAGGCUCUCCAGGCUCUCCUGGGCUUCCAGGACAGAUCGGCAGAGAAGGCCGGCAAGGCUUGCCAGGAAUGAGAGGGAUGCCCGGUACCAAAGGUGAAAAAGGAGACACUGGCAUUGGCGUUGCUGGAGAAAAUGGUCUCCCUGGACCUCCAGGUCCCCAAGGACCCCCAGGGUAUGGAAAGCUGGGCCCCACUGGGCCCAUGGGUCAACAGGGGAUUCCUGGCAUACCUGGUCCCCCGGGCCCUACAGGCCAGCCUGGGAAGGCAGGCCACUGUAAUCCUUCAGACUGCUUUGGUGCUAUGCCCAUGGAGCAGCAGUAUCCACCAGUGAAAAGCAUGAAGGGACCAUUUGGUUGAGAUGAUGUGAUGGCCAUCGACAUCAAGGACUCUGUUGGGACAGCCAAAGCUCUGUGGUCCUCUUGACUGGUUGUGAAUGAUUUUUAAGAUUGCUGUUGAUAUUUUUUUAAAGAAAACACUUCCCCCAAAACACACACACACACACACACCCAUCCCCAUGGGAGCUUACCUCUCCAAUCCCAUGUCUGUCAUUGUUCUCUGUCAGACUGUUCCACAUUCAGGAAAGGAAAUAUCCCUUGUCAUAUGUGCUCAAGCCAGAAAUAGUCCGUAAUGAUGUUUCUCUGCAUGGUCUAUGACUUCAGAUUUCCUUUUUUUCAGCAGCUUCUGUUUUAGUUUUUCCUUAUGUCUUAUUCCAUCAAGAUGUCUCUGAGCCUCUUGCCCUCUCCUUCUUGGGAUAUUUCUCAGGAGUCCUGGAGAAGCAACUUAGCUCAGCCUUUGAGUGGCAAGGGAACGUAAGGAAGUAUUGAAAAUGCCACUUCUGACUCCUUGUUCCCUUGCCUGAAAACCAUCUUGCCCUGAUGUUCAUCUCCAUGAGUGGACUGUGACCAAAGUCCUGCCUGGUUUUGCUUUCCCCGAACCUUGGAGAAUGCCAGAGUUUAGUCAGCUGCCUGGCAGUGCCUUCAGGCAUGUUAUCUCUUCUCAUCGGUUCAGUAACUCACUGAUGAUUGAGGGCCUAUGCAAAAGGGAGAAAGAUAAGCUUAUGUCCCUGGCAGAGACAACUAGGGAAUGCUUGGGGGGGAAAUGAGGUGGAACUUCCUGCCUACGAUAAUCUCUAGCCUUGUCUUUAAAAAAAAUGCUUCUGACACCCCCUUUUCUGAACUGCAAAAUUGCAUCAGCUGGGAUUCUAACUCACUGCCUAUUUCUUUUAUAAGGUAACCCGAGUCUGGUUUGGAAAUCAGCUUGCACUGGGCAUACUGGGGUCUCUGUCAACAUGGGAACUAUCCAUUUUGUUUCUAAAUCUGAUGCACUAAAUCUGAUGGGGUUUGGUGUUAUGUGUCUUGCCUGCCUUUGUAAUAAUGACCAGGUCAAAAGAAAAAAAAAGGCAUUCUAUUCUAUUCCUGCCCCAGCUUCAUCC